AUGUAUUCGUUGAGGGACGAAAAUGCUGUCAAACGUUUUAAAUUAAAACCCGAAUUAACUGGUAUUGCCAUUAAUAACUUAUUAAAGCUACCAGCUUCUUUACAUAAAAGCAAUUGGUAUGGUUUGGAUGGGAUUGAUAUAGAAAAAUUAUUAUACCAUGUAAGGUUACUAGAAGAGUUUUCUGUUCAAUGGAUUCCAAAUGUAAAUUCAUGUUUGGAAACAUUUUGGUGGUUAAAACAAAAAUUAGCCAAAUCAGAAAGAUUGAUCAAUUUAUUAGAAGCUGAAGACAAUGAUGAUGAUGGAUCAGAAGUACAAUCACCAUCUAAAUGGGCUAAAAUGUUUUCUUUAUUUGGUGGAGUAAAAAAUGAAGAAAUUGCAAUCCAGUUAGCUAAUCGUGAUGAUGUUAUUCAUUGUUUAUUUGGUUUACUUCAAUACAUUACAACUUGUAUAGCUGCAUGUAAAAUAUUUUCAUUUAAAAAUGCAUUUACAAUAUAUACAUAUAUAUUUUUUUUUAUACUUAAGAAUGAAGAAAUUGCAAUCCAGUUAGCUAAUCGUGAUGAUGUUAUUCAUUGUUUAUUUGGUUUACUUCAAUACAUUACAACUUGUAUAGCUGCAUGUAAAGUAAUUGAAUCUCUCUUGUUAUCAAGGAAAAACCCACUAGAUUUAUCAACUAUAAAAGAAAUAUCUGAAUUAAUUUCUGGAUUUGAAAAUGUACAGUUAGCAAAUUUUUGCAAAAUUUUAGCCAUUACAUUAUCUGAUUUAGAUAUGUAUGAACAUAAAUCCUCAUUAUUUGCACAAAUGAAACAGAAGAAAAAUCAUAAUUUUUAUGUGCGUGAUAUUAAUCAAGAUGUUAUCAUAAAUAUACCAAAUAUCAUGAAGAGAAUGACAGAAAUAGCUUGUGCUAAGCCAUAUAUUCCAUGUUUUCCAAGAGUUGUGAGUGAAACUGACCAAUGGGUACAAUGGAUUGAUAACCAAGUCAAAAAUGAAAUACUAAAUACCCAAGAAUUUCCUUUUAUUUGUGGAAUAUCACAGUGGUCUGAUACAAAUGGUCUCAUGAGACCAGAAUCAGCAAUUCAAAUUGCAACUGAAUUUUCAUUUAGAGCAAAUGCUGUUUGUGUAUUAGGAUUGUUAUUAGUUGGAAGGCAUAGAAGAAAGGUUCAAAAGGAACUUGCUGAAUUAGGAUUAAUUCCUCAGUUAUCUGAAUUAUUUGAUCAUUUUGUAUGGAGAUGGAACAUUGAUCACAACAGAUUUUCUGGGCAUAAUACAAGUUGUGAAUGCAGUCCUGAGGUGGCAUUAAAAAUUCAAGUAUUACGUUUAAUACAUAGUUUUUGUGAUCAUUCAGAAUAUAAACAUACAAUGCUUUCAUGGAGUGAAUAUAGUGAACUGAGAGAGCUUGAAGGAGCUAGUAAAAUUUCAUGUGUGACUAAUGUGCACUGGAAUGAAUUGAAUUCAAAGUACAAGGCACCAAUAUUUUGGUUAUCUCGAGCAAUAGAGAGUUAUUUGAGAGGAAGUACAACUAGUGCUGAUCAGAAUUUCUUAAUUCGCAGAGGUCUAUUGGAGCAUGUUGUUGGAAAUUUAAUAGCAAGUAAUAUCAAGCAGAGAGAAGUUUUACAAAGCAGUUUUGAUCUCUUAGGAGAACUAGUAAAAUUCAAUCAUCAAGCAUUUCACCAUUUAGACAAAGUGCUUAAUUCUGAAGCUAGGCAAAAGAAGCUUUUGUCACUAAUGAGUGGAAGUUUGGUAGAUUCAAAUAUGUUUAUACGUAGUCUUAUAUUAUCACAAGAACAUUUUCUCACUUUAGGAGAUGAAGAUACAAAAAAUUAUGCCUUAAAACAAUGUUUUUUAUUAAGUCAUGUGAAAGAUUUAAGACAGAGAGUCAAAUAUCUGCAAAAAUUAAUUUCUCUUAUUACAGUUGAAAAUCUUACACAGGAAAAUGUUAGUUGUCUGAACACAGCACUAGUAAUUUUGAUUUUUGCACAUAAAUCUGGUGAAAUGAAACAGUAUUUAGAAAUACUCAACAAAGAUAUAGAUGAUGAAGAUUGUCCAAUUGCAGUUCAUAGACCUAAUCAUGUACAGAACUUGCAUGAUUUGUUGGUAUUUUGGCAAGAACAUUAUUUACAAGAAGACAAAGAUUGCACUGUUUUAGAAAAAAGUUCCCGAAUAAGUUUUCAAGAAUGGCAACACAUAGUUGAACUUUUAAUACUAUCAGAUUCUAGCAAUCCCAAUUCAUUAUUGUAUCAUAUAUCUCCAACUUCACUUGGAAUUAAUGAAAUUUUUAAACAGUUUUCCCUUGAAUUUCUACCUCUAAAAAUGAAAAAAAAAAAAAAAUCCAUAUAUAAAUGCAACUGCAUUUUGAUGUUCAAAUUUUAAGUUUGAUAAUUAAGUCUUCCAAACUAAAUGUAAGUUGAUAAAUAUUUUGUUUUAGAUUUUAAUAAUUUAAAAUGAUUGUUGCUGCAUAAGAUAUCCAACAAUUAGAAAUUUUGU